AUGGCUGCCCUAAACGCGGCCAAGCGCGCUUUGCGCGCGGAGCUGAAGCGCCGCCUGAAAGAACUGAGCCAAGCCGAGAAGCUGCGCCAGUCGCGCCUGCUGGCCGGCAAGGUGAUGGUCCAUCCUCGCUACCUUGCUUCCCGGCGCAUUGCAGUCUUCCUGAGCAUGCCAGAUGAGGUCCAGACCAAUGAAAUCAUCAAAGACGUUUUUCAAAAAGGCAAAGCAUGUUUCAUUCCAUGGUACAAGCCCCAAAGCAGCCACAUGGACAUGGUCAAGCUCACUUCCUAUGAAGAAAUUGCCUCGCUUCCUCUGACAUCCUGGAAUAUCCAUCAACCAGAUGAAGGUGACGUGCGGGAAGAUGCAUUGGCCGUGGCAGAUGGUCUGGAUCUCAUCCUGAUGCCGGGACUUGGUUUUGACCAAACGGGGAACAGGCUGGGAAGAGGAAAAGGGUAUUAUGAUACCUUCCUCCAACGAUGCCAGCAGCAUCCGAAAGGAAAACCGUACACAAUUGCCUUAGCUUUCCAAGAACAAGUGUGCAGUAUGGUCCCUGUGUCUGAAACUGAUAUGAAAGUGGACGAAAUCCUCUUUGAAGACUCCAAGCAAGAACUCCGAUGAGUGACUGACUGUUGCUUUUCAUGGAAUCUAUGGACCGCUUCGUUCACACCUAUUCUUGAUGAGGAGGAACUGUGAUUAACUGCUGCCAAUAUCUUUGUUAUCUCAACUCCGUAGCUGUAUUGAGGAUGGUACUAUCACCAAUUUCUUCCGCCUAUAAAGAGCUGGAUAAAA